ACUUUCGUUUUCUAUUUUAAGACAGACGGACUACUUUUUCGUGGUAUUAUCGGCUGGCCGGGCAUAUGUGUAGUAAAAGGAAACUAUGCGAAAUCGAAACUAUAUAUAGGUUUGCACAGUGCUGUAUCAAAGAGUUAGUAGAAGGGACCAGGAGUGAUGGCGUCAGGUUUCUCUAAUGAUCAGAACAUGAAGAUGAAAGGUACUCUGAGGAUAUCAUGUGAAUGUAGUAAAGGAUCAGUGGAACAUCUUAAAUGGUUAAAGAAAAAUAGUAAGGAGGAAAUCCAAUUAGACGGUCAGACUACCACAUGUGAUAACGGACAAGAACUUGAGUUAGCAGACGUUACGUUAGAUGAUGAGGACAAAUACGCUUGUACGUUAGGUGAUACUAAGAUUGAGUUCUCUGUUAAGGCUGAAGUGUCGGGUGUCAGACGUAUAAAAGAACUCGAAGACAAGACAGUGAGGGAAAGCCAGGACCUAACUUUAAAUUGCCAAUACGAAAUGGAAGACGGUCUGGCAGUUUUGUAUAAAUAUGACCGACAAGUAAAAGAGAACAGAAGGGUCAGUUAUGCAUCUAAAGAAUACAAACUGGUUAUAAAGGAAAUCACAAAAGAGGAUGUUGGUGAAUACAGAUGUGUUUACAACGGAAUUCAAACAACGUUCACAAUUGUGGGAAAUUUUCCAAAAGAAAAGAAAAAUUCUGCAAAGAUGUCUUUUACAUUAUGUGUUGUAAAACCAGUAAUUCCAGUCAAAUGGAUGAAAGAUUCAGGUAAACUGAAAUCUGGUAAUAGAAUAGAGGUCAUAUCUGACAUGCCAGCACCUCAGCUGAGAAUUAAAAGCUUAACAAAGGAAGAUGAAGGCUCCUACUCAUACUGUUAUGGUGAUGAAAGAACAAGUUGUUACAUUAAAGUGGAAGAGCGUCCGAAAUUUACUAAACAUCUUCAUGAUGUCAAAGCUAAAGAAAAAGAAAUAUUAACCCUAGAUUGCGUGCUUAACAGACCUACAAUUUCUGUAACCUGGUUUAAAGACGAGAAAGAAAUUGAGAAAGGCGAUAGAAUCACCAUUUCAAAUGAAAAUAAGCAACAUAGUCUGAAGAUAAAAGAUAUAAGUAAAGAUGAUGCUGGAGAAUACAAAUGUGAAUGUAAAGAUUACAAGGAUAUCAUCUCAAGUUGUACUGUCAAAGUGGAAGAGCUACCGACGUUUACUGAACGUCUCGGUGAUCUUACUCUGAAGGAAAAAGAUACAUUAACCGUACAUUGCGAGCUUAGCAUGACUAAAAUUCCUGUCAAAUGGUUUAAAGACAACGUAGAAAUUAAGAAUGGUGGUAGAAUAACCAUUUCCAGUCAGAAUAAGCAACAUAGUCUGAAGAUAAAAAAUAUAGGUAAAGGUGAUGCUGGAGAAUACAGAUGUGAUUGUAAAGAUAACAGGGAUAUCAACUCAAGAUGUACUGUCACAGUGGAAGAGCUACCGACGUUUACUGAACGUCUCGGUGAUCUUACUCUGAAGGAAAAAGAUACAUUAACCGUACAUUGCGAGCUUAGCAUGACUAAAAUUCCUGUCAAAUGGUUUAAAGACAACGUAGAAAUUAAGAAUGAUGGUAGAAUCACCAUUUCCAGUCAGAAUAAGCAACAUAGUCUGAAGAUAAAUAAUAUAAGUAAAGGUGAUGCUGGAGAAUACAGAUGUGAAUGUAAUGAUAACAGGGAUAUCAACUCCAGUUGUACUGUCACAGUGGAAGAUACUCCAGCCACAUGGAUGAAGUCACCGGCUUUUGUGAUAGUAUGCAGUGUUGUGCUUAAUAUUUUGAUUACUUACACUGGUAUACUUGGCGGUACCACAAGUGGCAAGCCAUACCAAGUUAAAGAGGUGUAUGAUUUAGUUCAACGACUGGAUGGUAUCAAUAAAGCUGUUGAAACCGUCGAGUGGCAACAGCAAACUGAUAAAACUACAUUUUCAAAGAAGUUGGAAGAGUACAAGGUCACGUUAUCCCAGAAGGAUAACACUGAGUUUAAACGUAUAUCUAAUAGAAUGGAAGAAGUAAGCCGUGAUAUUUCUACAAAAGCUGACGAAAAAGAACUUGAAGAUGCCAGAAGAAAUUUUGAAGAGAAAUUAGAUAAAAUAAAAGAUAAAUUUACGACAAGAGUCGAAGACGUACAAGAGGAAUUAAGUGCUAGAUUGGAAAAAUUAACUGAUUUCACAGAUGAGUUCAACAGGACUUUGUCAGAAUACAAAACGACAUUUGAAAAAUUUGAACAUGGAACAAAUGAUAAAAUUCAAGAGUUAAAUACAUUAUUAACCAAUUUAAGAUUAACUGUUGAGCAUGACUUGAAAUCAAUGCUCACGAAGGUUAAAGACCAAGUAAAGGGAAUUGAAGAAGCCAAACAGAAAGCUGAUGAACUUUUAGGAGGAUUACAAGGUGAUGUAAACAGAAUAAUCCCGAAUACAUUCAACAAAGAGGCUCUCACAAUGGCAUUUAUGGUGUUGAUCAUCUUCGUAUUUAUGCUUGCGUUAUGGAUAUACAAAGUGCAGAAUAGUCUACAUGCCGGUGGUCCUGGAGAACACAGGGAUAUGAAUGCCAAGGAUGUAUUGCAGCGUAUACCACGCCGAGUUCCUCUCAGUAACUCAAUCUGUAUUGUAAGCUUUGAUGAGGCCAGGCAACCCGCACAUGAGGCGCUUGUCAGCUCUGCCUUUCUAACUGUUGGCAACAUCCAGACAAAGUACUUUGUUGUUCGGCGACAUGAACACUUGCUUAACAUGCCAAAAUGCAAGUUCUAUAUUAUGUGUACAGAGUUUUCUGAAAGGCACGUGAUAAUUGAAGAACCAGGACUAGGACUUGGUGACUUGAAGAGAUGUACAUACGAAGCGAUACAGCGAUAUGGAGCUAAAAUGAUAAUAUUGUACACACGUGACCCAGGAUCGAGGAAUCUAGGCGACCAGCUUUACAAUCAUAAGAUCCACUGCGUGUCUGCCCAGCCGGAGCUGUCUGGUCUUCGUGAUCGUGGUCGAUUUUUCAGCACGUAUGACGUGCUUUCGGCAACACAGAAGAAAGCACUAAAUGAUACUGUUGUCAAGUGUCUUCAGUAGAAUAUUGUUUGAAAACCAGUUAAAAACUGCUACUUUGAUGUCAUUUCGCAAUGAUUGCAAGACUUCUUAUUUGAAGUACUUUCUUGGACGGCGAAAAGAUUUGCGAGUGCAAGAUAGCUACAUUAUAUAUGUCAAUGUUGUUGAAUAAAACUGUUCAGUUUAUCAGAAAAUCCUUUAAACAGCAAAGAUACCCGAUUGUGUUAUUUGUGAUAUUGUUGAUUUAUUUAGUACGUGUUAUUAAAAUGUAUGUGUCAAAUAGAAGUUGCAGCCCAAUGUUGCAUUAUAUGACUAAAUUAUAGUAAUGCGUGUGUUUUGACACUAUGUUCUUUGUUUAAAAAGUUUCAAAGGUUUUGAUUACGUAUCACACAUCUAUACAUCAGGUGAUCGAGUAGAAAACUACAUUAAACGCAAGUACUUAGUUACGACCCUUUGGAAGUAUGAAUAUGAAUUAUUCAGCGUAAAGAUAUACAAUAUGUUUUUAUACUUCUACACAUGUUAUAGUUCUACUGUCUAUAAGUUAACAUUGGUAUAUUAAAGUUUCAUCCAUUAUUGUUUGUUUCAAGAGUUGUUUAAAGUGAUACAAGCUCAGUAAAAGUUUUCCGAAAUUUAUAUAGAAACUAUUUUGUUAAAGUUACCUUUGGUGUACACUUACCAUUACCAUUGUUGUUAAUUACACAUAUAUGAAAGAUUAUGUUCUAAGGUUGAUGAUUUAUAUAUUUUAGUUAAUUUAUGUUUGUUCGCGUCAGUUUGAUAAGUGAUUUAAAAUGCUUCUAUCUUGCAGGUUUUAGUUUUGUAUGUUACUUUGAAUAAAUGGACUAGUUUUAUGUGUGAACAUUUCUCAAUGUAGCCUUCCAACAUGCGCUUUGUCUUUUGUUAGGCAUUAUUUUAUAACACCUGCUUAUGAUUAAAUAUGUUAAUUGCA